GCGACACACACUGUCAUCUGCUCCUCCUUUUAUUCUCAGUGUUGAACUUUGAGCAGAGCGUUAAUACAGCAAAGUGGCAUUUCGUCCCGUUGCUGUCAGUGGCGGUAUGACUAGACCACAACUCACUCACUCACGAGAGGAAUUUGGCAAAGAGCCGGUGAUCAGCAGAGGAGAUGGACGUGCAUAUUAGAUCAGUUUGAUUUAGAGGACACUUCCCAGAGGUUUUUAAGAGGAAGCGAGAGACAUUUCCAUUACAAAACAGUACUAGCAGCUCAAACCAGUGCCAAACGGGACCGGUGAGGAAGAAGAGGUGGAUGAAGACCGUUUUGUUUAGAGAUACAUGCCUAUACACCAGCAACGGGCGGGAGAAACCUUUGUUACAAGACCUGGACAAGACUACUGAAAGUCCAUCAGUCACCAUCCUCAACAAGAGGGAGAAUUUCAACCGACAGAGCCCUAUUUUGAAUUUGGAAGGUCAGCGGUCAACUUUGUGGCAUUCUAGCACAAACCAUCAGAGACCGGCCAUGCCUUUAUCCUUCGGUCCGUCCCACCUUUCCCCCUUGUCCUUCAUUCACCUGUUCCUCCUCCUUGUUCUCCUCCUUUCUUUCUCCACCACUUCUCAAGCUGACUCCCAUGAUGCACCCCAAUCUACCUCCAACUGUUCCCAAAAUGAAGAUUGUGCAGAUGGGGUCCUUUUGCCUGUUUGGAAUCCCCAGAAUCCUUCAGUUGGCGACAAAGUAGCCCGUGCCAUUGUGUACCUUGUGGCACUUGUCUAUAUGUUCCUAGGCAUGUCGAUCAUCGCUGACCGCUUCAUGACUGCUAUCGAAGUUAUAACGUCUCAGGAAAAGGAGAUCACUACAAAGAGACCCAAUGGGGAAACCGUAACAACUACAGUUCGUAUUUGGAACGAGACUGUCUCCAAUCUAACCCUCAUGGCUUUGGGUUCCUCAGCACCUGAGAUCUUGCUUUCCGUCAUUGAGGUCUGUGGACAUCAGUUUGAAGCUGGAUCUCUUGGUCCCAGCACCAUUGUGGGCAGCGCUGCCUUCAACUUGUUUGUGAUCAUUGGCAUCUGUGUCUAUGUGGUACCUGACGGUGAAACACGUAAGGUCAAACAUCUUCGAGUUUUUUUUGUGACGGCGGCGUGGAGCAUGUUCGCCUACAUCUGGCUCUAUCUCAUCCUCUCUGUGUUCUCGCCUGGUGAGGUCGAAGUGUGGGAGGCAGUGUUGACUUUCCUUUUCUUCCCUCUCUGCGUGGUCCAGGCCUGGAUUGCGGACCGUCGUUUGCUUAUUUACAAAUAUGUCCGUAAACACUACCGAGCCAACAAGGGUCGCGGAAUCAUUGUUUCCGAGGCAGGGGAGGAGCUUGCCAAAGACGGAGAAUUCACGAAGAUGGACAUGCUGGAAAUUGAUGGAAUGGCGACACAUCUGGAUGGUGUGCUCGGCAGGGAAGUUGGGCUUGGUGGACGGGACCAAGAAGACGAGGCCAGGAGAGAGAUGGCAAGAACUCUGAAAGAACUGAAGCAGAGACACCCUGACAAGGACAUGGAGCAGCUCAUAGAGAUGGCCAAUUAUCAGGUCUUGAUACAGCAGCAGAAGAGCAGAGCUUUCUACCGCAUUCAGGCAACGAGAAUGAUGAUUGGUGCUGGGAAUAUCUUGAAGAAGCAUGCAGCAGAUCAGGCCCGUAAGGUGGUCAGCAGCGGAGAAACACGAGAGCAGGAGAACGAACCUCAUAUUACACGAAUAGAGUUUGAACCUGCCCUCUACCAGUGCUUUGAGAAUUGUGGGUCCUUAAAACUUACUGUCCAAAGGCAUGGAGGAGAUGCAGGAUGUACUGUCAAGGUUGACUACCACACAGAAGAUGGCACCGCCAAUGCUGGCUCUGACUAUGAAUUUGCUGAGGGCACAUUGGUCUUUAAACCUGGCGAGAGCCUUAAAGAGCUAACCGUUGGCAUUAUUGAUGAUGACAUCUUUGAGGAAGAUGAAUACUUCUAUGUCCGCCUGAGCAAUCCCCGCAUAGUUGGGUGGGCUGAUGGACAUCCUAUUGCUUUGGAAACCGGAGCACCCGCCCCCACCGCAGUCCUCGGCGAGGCCCACACAGCGACUGUGACCAUCUAUGAUGAUGAUCAUGCAGGAAUCUUCACAUUCGAGAGCGAAUCAGUGCGGGUAAGCGAAAGCAUCGGGAUCAUGCAAGUGAAAGUCCAGAGAACAUCUGGAGCACGUGGCCUGGUGGCGGUACCGUACCACACAGUGGAUGGAACUGCUCAUGGUGGGGAGGACUAUGAGGAAGUGUCUGGAAAACUGGAGUUCCAGAAUGACGAGACUAUAAAGACUAUUGAGGUGAAGAUUAUAGAUGAUGAAGAGUAUGAAAAGAAUAAGACCUUCAGCAUUGAGUUAGGAGAGCCAGUGUUACUGGAGAUCGGACAGAAACAUGGAGAUUCUAAUGAGAACAGAGCUGAGGUUGGGGCUGAAGAGGAAGAAGUGGCUAAGAUGGGAUGUCCCAGUCUGGGAGAACAUACCAGGCUGGAGGUGAUGAUUGAAGAGUCCUAUGAGUUUAAGAGUACAGUGGAUAAGCUCAUUAAGAAGACUAACCUGGCUCUGGUAGUGGGCAGCAGUAGCUGGAGAGAGCAGUUUGUUAGUGCUGUGACUGUGAGUGCAGGUGAUGAUGAUGAGGAGGAGAGUGGCGAAGAGCGUCUUCCAUCCUGCUUUGAUUACAUCAUGCACUUCCUCACAGUCUUCUGGAAGGUUCUCUUUGCAUUCGUCCCACCCACAGAGUAUUGGAAUGGAUGGGCCUGCUUCAUUGUGUCUAUCUGUCUGAUUGGUGUGUUGACGGCGGUCACAGGCGAUCUUGCUUGUCACUUUGGGUGCACUAUUGGCCUGAAGGAUUCAGUCACUGCUGUGGUGUUUGUUGCCUUGGGGACUUCGAUACCAGACACUUUUGCCAGUAAGGUUGCUGCCAUCCAAGAUCAAUAUGCUGACGCCUCUAUUGGCAAUGUGACGGGCAGCAAUGCCGUUAAUGUUUUCCUGGGCAUUGGUGUGGCGUGGACCAUAGCUGCCAUAUACUGGCGCACUAAGGGCAAAUCAUUCCGCGUUGAGCCUGGCUCUCUGGCCUUCUCUGUCACACUAUUCACUGCCUUGGCUGUGGUGUGUGUCAGUGUGCUCUUGUUUCGCCGGCGCCCCUCAGCCGCAGGAGGAGAACUCGGCGGUCCACGGACUUGCAAAAUAUUGACAUCCAUACUCUUUAUUUCCCUAUGGCUGAUCUACAUCCUGCUGGCCUCACUGGAAGCAUACUGCCACAUUACAGGAUUCUGAGAAACAGAACAGAAUAAAUAGUAAGGUAUCAUAUUAUCUCGGCUUAGAGGAAUACGAAAGUGGGCAGUGAAGGAGUUAUUUUUUUAUGUGUAUUUAUUAGAUAUUUAUCCUGUUACCUUUUUAAUAAGUCAGAUACGUAAGUUCGAUUUUGUAAUUUUCCAUUUUCAUAAAGGAAUUGUUCACCCAAAAAUUAAAAUUCUGUCAUUAUUUACUCACCCUCUUGAUAUUUAGCACUUGUAUGACUUUCUUUCUUGCGUGGAACACAAAAGGAGAAAUUAUGAACAAUGUGCUUGUCCCUCUUUUUAGCAAAAUUGCAAUGACUGGAGCUUUCAAGCUUCAAAAAUAAAAUGGUAAAAAGUACCAUAGAAAGUAUCAUUAAAGUGCUCCAUCCGAUUUGUGCACCAUAUUCAAAGUCAUAUGAAGUCAUAUGAUAGCUUUGUGUGAGGAACAGAGUGAAAUUUAAGUAGUUAUUCACUGAUAAUGUUCCCCUCCAGUGAGCUCUUAAAGGAAUAUUCCGGGUUCAGUACAAGUUAAGCUCAAUCAACAGCAUUUGUGGCAUAAUGUUGAUCACCACAAAAAAAUUUCAACUCGUUCCUCCUUUAAAAAAAGUAAAAAUCUGGGUUCCAGUGAGGCACUUACAAUGGAAGUGAAUGGGAUCAAUCCAUAAAAGUUAAAAUACACACUAUUUCAAAAUUAUAGCCACAAGACAUAAACAAUAUGCAUGCUAACAUUAUUUUAGUGUGAUAAAACCCUAAAACAAAUGUAAAAACAACAAUCUGAAUACCUUUACAGUUGAAAAAAUACAUGUUUUAACAGAAGAAUUAAUGAAAGUGCUUUUAUAAAAUUAUAAGCUUCACAUUUCUGCCUUUAAACCCUCCAAAAAUGGGCCCCAUUCACUUCCAUUGUUAGUGCCUCGUUUGUUUUUGUUUUUGUUUUUUUAAGAAAAGGAGGUAAUCAGCAUUAUGCCACAAAUGCUGUCGAUUGAUUUGAUCUUGUAUUGAACCCGGAAUAUUCCUUUAACUUGAGAGUUAGUCACGAUUUGUGAAUGAAUCAUUCAGACCAGUUUUGUUAACUGGAUCAACCGAUUCAUUAAAAAGUUCGCUACUUCACUCAUGAACUUUAAUAAUGAUUUAAAUUCCUCCUUAUGUGUUCCACUCAAGAAAAAAAGUCAUUCGAGUUUGGAACAACAUGAGGGAGAGUAACUGAUGAUGACAGAAUUUUCAUAUUUGUGUUCAUCUCAUUAAAUUAGUUUGAAUGCA